UUAUUAUGGAUGAAAACUCUUUCCAAGCAGAUUAGGAUUGUCUAUCCCUAUGUAUCCAAUCCAAUUACUUAUUUCUUAAUCUGAAUAUAUAAGCCCAAUCAACAAUCAAUAAUUUAUAAAAAUAAAAACAAACAUUUAAUUUCUUUCGCCAAAAGGAUUUAAUUUUUUAUUUUGUUUCACUUUAUAUAUAGACCCUUUUGAAGGAAGCAAUAGCAAGCAGGAAGAAAUGGAGGGACAAAAGAAGCUCAAAAAGUCCAAGGUUGUCAAGAUAGAAUCUCAAGAAUCAUGGCAGCACCACAUCUCUCAUGCUAACAACAAAGGUUACCCUGUUGUAGUUCACUUCUCUGCUUUUUGGUGCAUAACCUCUACACUCAUGAAUCCUUUGUUUGAAGAACUUGCCUCCACUUAUCAAGAUGCCAUGUUUCUCAAUUUGGAUGUGGAUGAGUUUAAGGAAAUUGCGUCCAAGUUUGAAAUCAAGGCCAUGCCCACAUUUGUGCUGCUGAAUGGAGGAACUGCAGUUGAUAAAAUUGUAGGUGCAAAUCCUGAUGAGAUUAAGACAAGGGUGGAUCAUUUUAUUCAUUCAGCUCCUUCCCAUAAAUAAUGCCAUUUAUUUUGAAUUUUGAACCAUAAUAUAUAUAUAUAUAUAUAUAAUUUCCCCCUAUUAUUGUGUAAUUUGGAACCAUUUCCUAGCGGGUGUGGCCAUUUGGCCAUGUCAUAUACUGUUACUUUGUACAAAUGGUUAUUCUCUUGUAUUGUUAAAUUUCUUUCUAAUGGAGAUUUUCUCAUCAAA